AUAGGUACGUCACUGUACGUCAUUGCCGACUCGCGACACUCGCGAAUCUCGCGAUACGUGUAUGCUGAUGUGUAUACGGUGCAGCUUCUGCUUAUGUAAACAGUCAUACUUUGUCCAUUGUUUAUUGUUUACGCUCAUGAACAACCUUUCGGAAAUGUUUAACUGAUAAAGGAGUAAAAUAUAAAAACAUCAAUUAAUGUGGCAUAACCUAACCUGUCGCACUGUCAAUCUUUGCAGUCUUAUAAGACAACGCGUAGAGCACGUGCCGAAAGCAUGACACAAAACAACAUACACGCAAGAUGUUUCGUUUUGCUUCUCCGUGGCAUAUAACCGCAUUCUGAUUGCAUCUCGUCAUUCUGUCUCAUCUUUUGCUGCUGUAUAAUCUGACCGUUUGAUACAUCUACGAUGGCUACAGUCAAUCCAAGAAUUCCGAAUUUGCAAGAUAUACCUACACCUUUUGGUGCACCAUUAUCUGCAAUAUAUAAACAGAGUUUUGCCUAUAUAACAGUUAAGGAUAGAUUACCAAUAAUUUUGACCAAAGUUAUUGAUACCUUUUGUCGUAACAAAAAUCAGAUUAUAGAUACAUAUGGCCAGGGUGCUGAAGAAGAUAUCAAACACAUCAUAGGAUUUAUAAGUCAAUUGAAAAAUGAGAUAGUCACUAAUAAGACUCUAAAGCUGUUGCGUUUAAAUAACCAAGUAGUUACCAACGAUGCAAAGGAAUGGAACAAAUAUCUAGAAUACAGGACACGUGUGGAUGGCCAAGUGCCCACAUGGUUCAAUACUAAAUGGUUAUACUGCGAGUGUUACAUGUAUCGCGUUUUAGCUCAAGAAAUUGGCUUGACGAGUACUAUAUCGAAUUACGAUCCAUUUGAAACUCAAAAACGAGACGUUUUUAUCAAUUCUCUCGAGUCUAUGGAUGCUGUAGCUUCGUAUCUGAAAAAUAUAAUAAGGAGCGAGGAGCACGAUCAGGAAUUAAACUUGAAAAAUGACUUUCUGAGAUUGCUCAAACUGACUCUAUGGAGUAAUAGGCAAGAUUUGUCUAUAAGCGCGGGAUCUCCUCUCAGCCAGAUUGGCAAUCCACUGGACGCACUCGAAUCCUCGAAUGAUAACAUAAUAGUAAACGAUUCGGAAUGUGCAUGGCAUAUCGUAAGUGAACGGACAGGAAAAAAUGUCGAAAACAUUCACAUGGUACUCGAUAAUGCGGGAUACGAGCUCUUCACUGACAUGUGUUUAGCAGCGUUUUUAAUUAGGAUUCUACCAAGAGCUAAAAUAACCUUUCACCCAAAAGUAUAUCCAUGGUAUGUCAGUGACACAAUGGUUCGUGACUUUCAUUGGACUUUAGAGUAUAUGAACAUCUUGGAUCGUUAUCCGAACGUACAAACGCUGGCUCACAUAUUCCAGGACUACUUGACCCGUCAAAUCUGGCGUAUUCAGGAAGAACCUUAUUGGACGGGACCAUACGAUUUUAGGCAAAUGAAAGAAAAGGCGCCAUUGAUGUAUGAUCAAUUCUCCAAUGCUAAAUUAGUGAUUUUUAAGGGUGACUUAAAUUAUAGGAAACUUCUGGGUGAUAUUAAUUUUAAGUACACUACAAGCUUUACGGCCGCGCUGGGGGAUUUUCAUCCUACGAAUAUUCUGAGCUUGCGUACCGUGAAAUCAGACAUUUGUGUUGGAUUAUCACUCGGUGCAGCUGAAUCGUUACUCGAAAAGGACAAAGACUGGAUGAUAUCUGGACAUUAUGGCAUUAUUCAAACGGCCGUUCAUUCACAUAAUACGUAAUAUUCUUCGGAAUAAAACAUACCUUUAUAAAAGGACUUUAUAUAUUCUUCUGUAAAGAAAGAAGUAUCAUAACUCGUUGUGACAGUUAUGAUUACUCGUGUAUAUCAUUGUACAAAUAUAGAAAGUUAUAUGUACAAGAAAAAAAUAAUGUUAAUGUAUCAAUUUAUAUUUAUCAUAUUUAUUUACAUACACACACCCUCUUUUCGCACGCGUGUGUGCAGCAUGAGUCACUAAAAACUGCCUUCUAAGAUAUUAAUUAUUAGAAAAUAAAAAUUUUAAAUACUUUAAAUAUUUUAAAAAUUUCAUUUAUUUCUGUUAAUUUUGUUUCCGUAUAUUUUUAUACGGGAAAUAAAUUAUUGUUUAUACUUUGCAUUUGAAUUAAGAUCGAAAUGUUGUGCACCUUGUUAUCUAAUAAAUCAGCCAGUUUGAUCCAAC